CGGUCACUAAUUCAGUGUACUUCUCGAUCUCCUGCUGGUUGCUGCGCGAGCGCGUUCAAAGAGCGGACCGCGAAAAUUGAAAUAUAAGACGUGCGAAGUGACUUUUGACCGAUUUGGAAGAGGGUUUUUCGGAGGAUAUUGAUGGUUUUUGGAAGGUUUCCGAGGGAAGUGUUGCUUAGUUGAUUCGUGGGUAAAAGGUCGGCAGAAUGAUUAUACACUGGCAGCUGACUUUCGGCGUGUUGCUGGUCUUGUACAUUUCAUCGGCGAUUGGCAGAAAAGAACUGAAAUCGACGUCAAAAUGCCCUAUGUUGACAGAAUGCCCUUAUAGGGCUCAACAAUGUACAGAAGACAAUGACUGUGCUGUAGAUAGCAUAUGUUGUAAAAGUCCUUGCGGAAAAGUUUGCACCAAACAAUUGUUCACUGGGUGUGAAACGCUCAGGAAUGCAGCGUCAAGAAGGGCUAAGUCCUUGGGGGCUGAUGGAAAAUCAGUCAGGGCACCAAGAUGUAACAAAUCGGGUGGAUUCGAACCGAUUCAAUGCGAUAAUGAAAUAGUCAGUUCUUGUUGGUGUGUUGACGAGGCGGGAUUUGAGUUAGCAGGAACUAGAGCUCCUGCUGCUGCUCUUGUUAACUGUACAGCACCCAAACCAUGCGCCGACCACACAUGCAGGAUGUUUUGUCCACACGGCUUCGCUCUUGACAAAGACGGUUGUCCUUUAUGUAGAUGCAGAGACCCAUGCAGCGAUGUAAGAUGUCCAAAUGCUUUGGAGUGUCAGCUUGAAGAUCUGGCUUGUGCAGACCCACCAUGCCCCCCUGUACCAACUUGUAAGAAAGGAAGGAGCCUCGAAAGUAUAUGUCCUGUUGGAGACCCGUUGAGGAUAAGCGAAACCGUGAGGCCUUUUUUGUGCGGUAACGAUCCCGGAAAACCGACGUGUCCACCGAUGUACCAAUGUUUGGUGCAGAAAGGUAACGACUACGGCGUCUGCUGCCCAGCGUCUCUCAAGAUCCAAAAAUCUGGAACCUGUCCGUCAUCGGAGGGCAAUAUCACCGAUUGCGGUUUGCCGUGCUCACACGACCUGGAAUGUCCUUCGAUUCAGAAAUGUUGCAAGAAUGAAAAAUGCGGUUCAACUUGCAUACACCCUAAAAAUGUGACAGAAUGCAUCCAUCAACGUUCCCUAUCCGAGAUCCUAUCUGUCAGUGAACGAGAAGGCAGGGGGUACGUUCCACAAUGUUCGCCAGAUGGCGAGUUCCAGCCGAUGCAAUGCAGCAGGAACGGACUUGUUUGUUGGUGCGUAGACAGGCUGGGACGUAAGAUAAGGGGAUCUAUGGGACCGUCGGAUAGCGUGGCCUGCGACGUGUACGAGAAUCGCUUCGAUACGGCCAGGAGCUUGAACAGUAUGGACAACAACUGUCAAAAGUUGGAGUGUGCCGCCAUCUGCGAGUACGGUUUCAAACUGGACGAAAACGGUUGUCACACGUGCAAAUGCGACGAUCCCUGCGACGGUUACGUAUGUCCAGAAGAUGAAGAGUGCAUCAACGUCAAAGACGCUUCCUGUUCAGAUUUCCUGUGUCCCACCUUGCCAGUCUGUCGACCAAAGGCGGUGUACGCCAACCCCUGCGAGAGAGGCACACCCCUCACAGACGACAUCAGCGGCGCUCCAGUGGCGUGCGCGCUGAAAGAUGAGGACGGGACGGUAUGCCCAUCGAAUUACGAGUGUAAGGCCGUGAUGGGAUCGACCCAAGCGGUCUGUUGUCCGACGACUUACGAGCUGGAGGCAGAGGCUUCUGAGGGCAUCGAUGUUUCAGAUGGGAGGACGCAGACAAUGUGCGAAUACUUGAGAGACUUCUCGGAAACCAUGGAGGGAACCAGGGAAGGAAUGAACCUCGCCUUACCAACACCAACUUGCGACGAAGAAGGAAACUUCGUACCAACGCAGUGCGACGAUGGAAGCUGCUGGUGCGUCGAUAAUUUCGGCACUGAAAUACCAAGGACGAAGGGUAAAAAGAACGCUACCACCGACUGUGCCAAAUUGAGGGAAACCAUGGAAUGUCUCGAUCUCACCUGCAGGAUGGGUUGCGAAUACGGUUUCGUCUUGUCUGAAGAGACAGGUUGCCCGUUGUGCCAGUGCAGGGAUCCGUGUCACGACGUGAAUUGUGGGUCUGGAGAACAGUGCCAAUUGGUCGAGGUCAAUUGUAAAGACCACUAUUGCCCGCCGGUACCGGCAUGUCUGCCGAAAAAGCUUGGUCAAUGUCCUUACUUGGUACCGUCGAACUCCAUAUCAUGCGACUUCACCUGCAACUCUGAUUUGGCAUGCAACGGUACUGCUAAAUGUUGUUCGAACGGUUGUGGAACGCAGUGCAUAGAACCUCUCCUAUAUACAGCUUGCCAACACAGACGGAGCCUAGCCCAACACCAAGCCCACGAAUCCGGAAUUCCCCUCAGCAAGGCCUACGUUCCAGCCUGCAACGACGACGGCAGUUUCCGACCGAAACAGUGCAACCCGUCGACGGGGCAAUGUUGGUGCGUGGACGCCGACGGUUUCGAACUGUCCGAAAGUCGAGGAGGUGCGGAUCUGGACUGUACAAGACCCAGAUCGACGACGAGGUGUCCAACGAGGAAGUGCGUGGAAAACUGCGAGCACGGUUACAGGAUGGACGCCGAAGGCUGUAGGACUUGCGAGUGCUCGGACCCUUGCGACGAGGUCAGGUGCAGGGGGGAGGGGGAGACUUGUAGGUUGGUAGCGGUGGAGUGCGUGGGGUCGCCGUGUCCCUCGGUUCCGAUGUGCCUGCCCAAGAAGGAGAACCCUUGCCAGUUCGGGCAGCCUCUGAGGUAUGGCGCGGACGACGAGGCUGUCACCUGCGGUCCGGAGGAGGAGACUUGUCCCUCGUCGCAUAAGUGCCAGCUUAGUCCGAUCGGGGAGUAUGCAGUUUGUUGCCCGAAGCCAAGAGACAUAUGUUUCGAACCCUUGGAUCAAGGUAGUUGCCGAGGAAUCGAAUCCAAGAAUCUGACGAGGUACUAUUUCAACUCGAGAACCAAUAGGUGCGAGAGUUUCACGUUUUCUGGAUGCCAAGGGAACCACAACAAUUUCUAUACCAAAGAAUCUUGCUCGCAAGUGUGUCCUGUGUUGAGCCAGUGUGAAAGACUGAAGGAGAAGAAUCAGAAAGCCGCCGAGAGGUAUAACAAGCCAACCUUCCUGCCUAGAUGUGAAAGCAGCACUGGAAACUGGCAGCCCGUACAGUGUCUAGAACACGUCGGUGUUUGCUGGUGCGUUACCCCUCAAGGGAACCCCCUGAAAGGCACUCUGACCAGGGGAGCUGAACCUGACUGUAACUUUAGACAAGCCAGGAAUAGGGCGCAGAACAGGGCUGAUUUCAUCAGUGACGCAGACUUGGUUCUGGAAGAGCUGAUGAUGCAGAUAGGAUCGUUAGAUGACGGUGAGGAGCCUGCAGAUCUAGACAGAGACGAGAGCAUCAACGAAGGUUUGAUAACUUCGAGGUGCGAAGAACUGGGGGGCCAAUGCGACGCUAAUAAGAAGUUUUUGCCCACUCAGUGUGAAGAAGAUAUCUGUUGGUGCGUGGAUGAAGCCGGUAAUCAACUUCCACAGACCAGCACGUUCAAGAGGGGAGAGAGGAUUUGCAUUUUCUCGCCUGUGGAAAAAGUGGAGGUUACUUUGGGCUUCAGAGGGGAAUACGACGACGUAUCUUCAACGCCUGUGGUCAACAGGAUCAGCAAAAUCGUCAAGAAUUUGGGUGGCGUUAUCAAUGAUGACGGCAUCGCCGCAGAUAUAUCGUCAGACGCUUUGUACAUAAAGUUUGCGUUGAUUGGAAGCAAAAAAAUUGAUAUCGCUUACACCUUGGAAAGAAUGAUCAUGAAUCAACAUCUGCCGGAUCUAACAGCUGACAUCACCAAAUCUAGGGUGACCCACCAUUUAUUGAGCCCCAGCGCAGCUUUGAGAGACCAGAUACUCGGUCUGGAGAACAGGGAAAUAGUUUCCCAAUCGCCGGUGUCAAUUGUGGCACCCUACCAUACAGCUCUCAUAGUGGUAGCAGCAGCCUCCGCAUUCAUCAUUUCGAUAUUAACGUUGUUAGUUUUACUUUACCGAAGAAAAAUGAACAGUAUUAACAAUAACAAGGUUGUUGAGGACAGUCGAUUCUUAUCGGCAACCAGACCAAUCUACAUCGAGCUUCCAAAUGAGAAGUACAACACAAUGUCGUCUGAUAGCAGUAAAUCAAGUGCCUGAAUAAAUUUUAGCUGUAGUUAUAUGUAUAUCUCAUCCACCUGUAAUAUAUUUUCUCUAUUAGUUUUACGCUUUUUAUAUAUAAUAAAUAGGACACAUUCUAUAUGAAA